UGAGAGUUGCUGCAGCACAUCACAGGAGGAACAGCAUUCGUUUAACCCACGGUCUGCCAGGGAACCACGAAAACUAUCUCCCGUUCCCAUUGGUACCUUGUCCACACUUUGCCCCAGCAGGGUUAAUUUGUUUUUCUAAAGCUCCUCUCCUGGCUGUCUGGAACCCCUGCUUCUCUUUCAGAGCAGCCAUUGGCUGACUCAUAUAUGGCCCCCCCCAAAUUUGCUUUUUUUUUUCCUUAUUAACGAUACUCUAUUAACAUUUUAUCUGUUAAAGUGUCACCUUUAAGGCUCUUCUAGUUUUGCAAAAUCCGUCCUAAACGUGAACACUGAAAAACCCAUAGCAAAAUUUUGCCAUUACUAAGAGCCACCCACAUACACACAGAAAAAAUUCCAAUGCAAAUGGUCAAACCAUGCAUGUGGGAGGAAAAGGUGGGAUUGUGCAGGAGAAGGAGGAACAGUGGGAGUAAGAGGAAUGUGAGGACAGGAGGAGGAGGGGCAGAAACAGGAAGGAGCACAGUGUUCCACCCCUCCCUGUGUCUGCAGCCUCUCCCCAGCCCCAGCAGCGUUGUCCCCAUCACAUGCAGCAGGUGACCAGCGAGAGGGAUCCACAAUUUUCUCAGGGGUGAAUCUUGGUGUUUCUGAGCUUUGUUGGGCUAAAUGUUGGUACUUUGUUUUUUUUGGAGGUGGGGGCUGAAUCUUUAUGUUUCGGAGGGAGUUUUGGGUAAAUCUUGAUGUUUGGGGUUUUUUUUCAUCUGUGUCCUGUUGGUUGGAGGAUUUUUGGGCUGAAUCUUGGUGUUUUGGAGGUUCUUACAUACACAAGAUGUGCAACGGUUUUCUGAGCUGAACUUGGCAAGGAGGAACCCCCAGCCAAAGGCCCUCUCCUCUUGUUUUUUUCUCCAAUCCAGGAUUUUUCAUUCUUUCGGCACAGGCGGAUGGAGAAGGAGGAGGAAAAGCCCCGGAGAUCCCUCACGAGGAGGGGCUGCAAACCCAGCCCAGGGGGCUGCGAGGAGGAAAGACCCUCCCUGAGCCGGGAAGGCGGCCGCAGAUCCAGGCGGAGCUCAGAGCUGGUGGAGAAGCCUCAUGGAGGGGAGAAGCCCCACAAGUGCCUGGAAUGUGGGAAGGGUUUCAGCCGGAGCUCCAACCUGAGCCGGCACCAGAUGAUCCACACUGGGGAACGGCCCUACGAGUGUGGGAGAUGUGGGAAGAGCUUCAGAGAGAUCUCCAGUCUGAUCAAACACCAGCGGAUCCACACUGGGGAACGGCCCUACGAGUGUGGGAGAUGUGGGAAGAGCUUCAGAGAGAUCUCCAGUCUGAUCAAACACCAGCGGAUCCACACUGGGGAACGGCCCUACGAGUGUGGGAGAUGUGGGAAGAGCUUCAGAGAGAUCUCCAGUCUGAUCAAACACCAGCGGAUCCACACUGGGGAACGGCCCUACGAGUGUGGGAGAUGUGGGAAGAGCUUCAGAGAGAUCUCCAGUCUGAUCAAACACCAGCGGAUCCACACUGGGGAACGGCCCUACGAGUGUGGGAGAUGUGGGAAGAGCUUCAGAGAGAUCUCCAGUCUGAUCAAACACCAGCGGAUCCACACUGGGGAACGGCCCUACGAGUGUGGGAGAUGUGGGAAGAGCUUCAGAGAGAUCUCCAGUCUGAUCAAACACCAGCGGAUCCACACUGGGGAACGGCCCUACGAGUGUGGGAGAUGUGGGAAGAGCUUCAGAGAGAUCUCCAGUCUGAUCAAACACCAGCGGAUCCACACUGGGGAACGGCCCUACGAGUGUGGGAGAUGUGGGAAGAGCUUCAGAGAGAUCUCCAGUCUGAUCAAACACCAGCGGAUCCACACUGGGGAACGGCCCUACGAGUGUGGGAAAUGUAGGAAGAGCUUCAGUGAGAUCUCUCACCUGAUGCAGCACCAGAACACCCACACUGGGGAACGGCCCUACACCUGCUUGGAAUGUGGCAAGAGCUUUGGGUGGAGCUCCGCCCUGAGAAGACACCAGCGCAUCCACACCGGGGAGAGGCCCUACGAGUGUCCUGAGUGUGGGAAGAGUUUUCAGACCAGCUCUGAUCGCCUCAAACACGAGCGGAUUCACACAGAGGAGAGGCCCUACGAGUGUGGGGAGUGUGGGAAGAGCUUCUCACAGAGCUCUCACUUGACCCAACACCAACGGAGGCACCACUGAGGGAAGCCCUGUGAGUGCCCUGAGUGUGGGAAGAGCUUCGUGCGCUGCUCCAGCUCCAUCCCCCGUGGCAGGAUCGGUGUUGGAUGAUCCCCAGUGACCCCCGGUGGGCAGAGCCCUGGUGAUCCGUGGUCCUGGUGAUCCCUGUUGGAAAGAGACCUGGCUGGGGGGCUCUGCAUCAUCCUGUCUCCCUAUGGGCAGGGGCAGGAACAUCCAUUGGGACACAAACCAACAUUGGGAAUUCCUUGGGGAGAGUGGAUUUGUUGACUUUCAACCCCAGAAAAUCUGCUUUCAAUCCAGUCUUCUGGUGGCAUCAAGGAAUACUGAACGGUCUUGGAGGUCUUUUCCAACUUCAGUGAUGGCACAAUUUUGAUUUUCUGUUACUAAAGAGUGUCUUUCAUAGCCAAAUGGUGAUGGUUUGGGGCAAAGACCAAAAUUUUGGAGACAGUGAGGUGGAAACCUGUGGGGUUCUUUCUGACCCCCGGUGCUCUUAUGCACCAAACUCUGGAGUUCCAUAGGCUCCUACUUGUCGGGUAAUCUUAAAUAAGCAAAGCAGCUAAUAGUUAACAAGGUUAUUUGUUACAAAGCACAUCUUAUUACAGAGCACAUCAGU